CUCAUCUUUCAAUAAUUAUUGAGUUUCUCUCUGUAAAAUAAAAUGGACCUGUUGAAAGAAACUUGGUUCUUCUUCGACUCUUCAAACAAGUUGAAGAUUCCAGGCUUCCAGCCUUGCAUAGUAGUUUGUUGUAGUCUCUACGUUUUGUCUAUAAGUGAAUAAAUAAAUAAUAAGGACUUACGGAGGUGAGUCAGGUGACAACUGGGCAACCAUUUUUGGGAUUUCUUUCGAGAAACAUCAGCAGCUGAGUUUUUGGAGAGUGGAGCAGCAUUGAUUGUCAGAUUGAAUAAAGAGGGAAAGGUUUUGAAAAGGAUUUGAUGGUUCUGAUUGGUCAGUAUACCGUGUUUCUUGUUGCUAAAUUUGCAUCUGGGAUUGCUGGCAAUGUCUUUGCUUUUGGGUUGUUUGUUUCGCCUAUGCACACAUUCAAAAGAAUCAUCAGGAAUGGUUCAACUGAAGAGUUCUCGGGACUUCCAUACAUAUAUGCCCUAUUGAACUGCAUGAUCAGCAUGUGGUAUGGAUCACCUCUUAUAUCUACUGAUAACAUAUUGAUUCUAACUGUCAAUUCAGUUGGUGCAGUGUUUCAACUUGCCUACAUAGCCCUCUUCAUUAUUUAUGCUGAGAAACCAAAAAAGGUGUGGAUGAUGGGAUUGUUGGUAGCAGUUUUUGGUCUAUUUGCAAUCAUAGUCGGUGGAAGCUUGCAGAUAACUGACCUUUUUCUCCGACGAACAAUUGUUGGAUUGCUUAGCUGCUUUUCUCUUAUAUCAAUGUUUGCUUCUCCAUUGUUUAUAAUAAAAUUGGUGAUCCGUACAAAGAGUGUCGAGUUCAUGCCCUUUUAUCUCUCCCUUUCCACCUUCCUAAUGAGCACCUCGUUCCUACUGUAUGGAAUUUUUAAUUAUGAUCCCUACGUUUAUGUCCCUAAUGGGAUAGGAACAAUCUUGGGGAUUGUACAAUUGGCCUUGUACUGUCACUAUAAUCGUUCAUCGAAAGAAGAAUCGAGAGAACCCUUGAUAAUUUCGUAUGCAUAAAAGAGUUGGCCAACAAGGAAAACAAAUUGACUCUUGUUUCACUGAAGUAAGUACAUGUUAGAUGAGAUGAUAAGGAAACAUGAUUUAAGUGUAGCCUGGUGCUGAAUUCCAAAUUGAGACAUAAGUUAUAUUCUUCAGCCUUUCAAGCUCCUGGGUGCCUCAUUGUCACCCCCCGGUUUCCAGCUUCCCUCCAUCUUAUUUUAUCAAUAUGUGAACCUGCAACAACGUGUACCAUGCACAGAAACAAAGAUGUUCUCCCUUUCUAUCCGUACCAUUCAUGUAAUUGUCCAAGAACAAAAAUUUCUCAUCUCACCGAGUCAGCCUAUAUGUAAAAGCCUUUUUUACAUUGCUUUGCUGUAAAGAUAGGUCAAGAUCCAGAAAUGAAAUUUCUUCACCAUUAUUAUUCAAUCUACAAGUUAUGCUGGUUUCCAUUUACUUUCUUUCUCAAGGCAAUUUUUUUAAAUGUAAUUCGUGAUAUACUUCCUGAUUCAGUGAAAUUGCUUGGAAUUUCGUUGAGUUUCACUGUUUCUAUAUUAUAAUCUUCUGGAGAAGGUUUGGAAA